GUUUUUCGAAAACACGCGAGUCGAGUCGGUUUUCUGUUUACAUCGUGGUCGUCAGUCCAGUGAUUUUCCGAACCGCAUGUUGCAUAAUUUUCCUCUGGGGGAAACGCGUGUGAAUUUUCCGGUUUUGAUUCCUCAAAAGUAGUGCUAAUUAGUUGGAUUUCGUUUGAGUGUUGUAAAUUUAUCGCGGUUGGAGAAACAUUUUUGCAUUAUCCUUUCAAGAGAUUGGUUGCGAAAUUGUGUACCUGAAGAGGGAGCCGUCCGUUCUUUAGCGGUGCGACAGUAUUCGACCGCCUGCCUGCUGGUAGUGGUAGUGUCUUGGCGAAGGAGAGAGUCUUCCGUACAACGUUCAUUCCUACACAAGAAUAGUGUUCUUCCUCCCGUGUCUGUACCGUAUGCGCUGGUUUUCAAAGUCUCGCAGUUGGAUUCUCCCGUCGCGUAGUGAAAGAAGUGAUUCGGUUCCGUUCUUCCAAGACGUACUCGGACGGUAGUGCAAUCCUCCAUUCCAAGGAGGACCAGCUUGGGUUUGCAAUACUGUGUGUGGGUUGGAAAAGAAGAAUUCCUGGUGCUUCGAAGCUCACACCCGAAAAGUGUAUGAGUGUCUGGAAGGUGUGACCAACCGGGAGUGCAAAUUACGUGACUAGAACGUGAAGGAUUUUUACUGAAGGUAGAAAGGAUGGCUUUGGGAGCAGAUAAAACCGAAAAGGAUACCGUUGUUGCUCCGGCAGUGACUAAAACCGGACCGGCCAGCAAUCCGGAGCCGAAGAAAAAAGGAAACAACAAAAAGCAAAAGAACGGCAAAGACAAGGAAGCAACCCCUCCGCCAGCCACCGGUGCAAGUGAACCCCUAGUCAACGGACACAGCGCGGCCGUCAACGGAAUGAACGGUCACACAUCGGAAGGCGAACAACCAGCCGGUGAGGAAAAGAAGAAAUCCGAGUCGGAAGUAAUGGAGAUCAUCCAGGACACCGGAUUCACAGUGCAGAUCCUGUCGCCGGGAGUGGAACCUCUUUCGAUUCAGGUUUCCAGCAUGGAGUUGGUGCAGGAGAUUCACCAGCUGCUGAUGGAUCGGGAAGACACGUGUCACCGGACGUGUUUCUCGCUGCAGUUGGAUGGAGUGACGUUGGAUAACUUUGCAGAGCUGAAGAACAUUGAGGGUUUGAAGGAAGGAUCGGUGAUUAAGGUUGUGGAAGAGCCAUAUACGAUGCGCGAAGCCAGGAUCCAUGUAAGGCAUGUGAGAGAUCUGUUGAAAUCGAUGGACCCGGCUGACGCCUAUAAUGGUGUGGAUUGUAGUUCCUUGACUUUCCUGCAUACCAUUACUCAGGGUGACAUUCUGGAGAAGAAAAAGGGUCGUUCGGAGAGUGUGGAUUGUACCCCUCCAGAGCAUAUCAUGCCAGGUGCUAAGGACAGGCCUCUGCUUCCGCUACAACCUGGUGUAGGUAAGAAAGGGCCACAACCGUUGAAGGUGCUAACGACUUCCGCGUGGAAUCCUCCGCCAGGUCCUCGGAAAUUGCAUGGGGAUUUGAUGUACUUGUACGUGGUCACGAUGGAAGAGAAGAGGUUCCACAUUUCAGCUUGUCCUCGAGGUUUCUAUAUCAAUCAAUCGUCGGAUGAUGUAUUCGAUCCGCGUCCGGACAACCCCAGUUAUCUGUGCCAUUCGUUGAUCGAUCUGCUGUCGCAGAUCUCACCGACCUUCCGUCGAUGCUUCGCGCAAAUGCAGAAAAAGCGUACCCAGCGGCAUCCGUUUGAACGGGUCGCUACGCCGUAUCAGGUUUAUACCUGGUCCGCUCCGGCUCUGGAACAUACAAUCGAUGCCAUCCGCGCGGAGGACACUUUCUCGUCUAAACUGGGCUAUGAGGAGCACAUUCCCGGCCAGACGAGAGAUUGGAACGAGGAGCUUCAGACGACGCGUGAACUUCCGAGGGAAACCCUACCGGAGCGAUUGCUUAGGGAACGUGCCAUAUUCAAGGUUCACAGUGAUUUCGUAACGGCCGCGACCCGAGGUGCGAUGGCUGUUAUUGACGGAAAUGUGAUGGCAAUCAAUCCCGGAGAGGACGCUAAGAUGCAGAUGUUCAUUUGGAAUAACAUCUUCUUUUCGUUGGGAUUCGAUGUGAGGGAUCACUAUAAGGAGUUGGGAGGGGAUGCUGCGGCCUUCGUUGCUCCUAGGAACGAUCUACACGGUGUUAGAGUGUACUCUGCUGUGGAUGUGGAAGGAUUGUAUACUUUGGGAACGGUGGUCAUUGACUAUCGUGGUUAUCGAGUUACUGCCCAGUCGAUUAUUCCGGGUAUUCUGGAACGGGAACAGGAACAGUCCGUUGUGUAUGGAUCGAUUGACUUCGGAAAGACUGUACUGUCGCACGAAAAAUACCUGGAAUUGUUGAACAACGCCGGAAAGCAUCUUAAAAUACUGCCACACAGUGUCUUAAACGAGAAGCAGGAGGAAAUCGAGCUGUGCUCGUCGGUUGAAUGCAAGGGAAUCAUCGGUAACGACGGUCGCCAUUACAUUUUGGAUCUGCUGAGAACUUUCCCGCCGGAUGUGAACUUCCUGAAAUUGGAUGAAGAGCUGAGCAAGGAUUGUAAGGCUCUUGGCUUUCCGAUUGAGCACAAGCACAAACUAAGCUGUUUACGUCAGGAACUGUUGGAGGCAUUUGUUGAGAGUCGCUAUCUUAUGUUCAUCAAACAUGCGGCGUUCCAACUGCAACAGUUAAAUUCUGCCAAGUUGAAGCAGAAACAGGAAGCCAGGGACACGAAGGAUGGUGAGAAGAAGGAAGACGCCAAGGCAAUUGAAGCUGCCCCGGCCACUACCAAAGAACCGGCCAAAACUGAUGCCGCAGAAUCGAAUAAUAAUGUCGAAGCAAAGGCAGAAUGCCCUAUGAAGGAGGAAAACUCGGACAAAGCGAAGGAUAAACCAUCCAGCUUACCAAAGGUCGAAACAGAGGAAGCAAAGAAGCUGAUGGAGUCGUUGCUGUCCAGUGACGAGAAGAACGAGAGCAAGGAGGUUGUGAAGCGUGCCUGCGAAGCGGUUGGAUCACUGAAGGAGUACGAAUUCGACAUCCGUUUCAAUCCGGAUGUAUACUCACCAGGAAUCAAACACGUUGACAAUCAGAGCGCGGCCAAUUCUCUAAAGAAGCAGAAACAGCUCGUCAAGGAUGCCGCCGAGUUCCUCGUGAAACACCAAAUCCCAAGCUUCGUUCACGACUGUUUGGACCAUACUGCGGCUCCCAUGGAUGGAACUACCCUGACCGAAACUCUGCAUAGCCGAGGUAUCAACGUUCGUUACUUGGGUAAAGUUGCUAACCUGCUGGCCAAGAUCAAGCAACUGGAAUACCUGCAUACGAUUGCCGUCUCGGAGCUGAUCAUUCGCGCCGCCAAGCACAUCUUCACCAGCUACAUGCAGAACACUGAAAUGAUGAGCAUGGCAGCUGCCAUCAGCCAUUUCCUGAAUUGUUUCCUGACGGCCACCUCAGCGUCGCACUCGGGAAGCCCAUCGGAAUCGGAUGCUCUUCUCACCAAAUCCGGUUCCGGCAGUAAGCAGCGUCGCCAGAACAAGCGUUCCGGCGGCAAGAGCGGAAAGCCCUCAUUCCAGUGCACCCAGGACAACAACGAAUGGCAGCUCCUAACCCCGAAAUCUCUCUGGUCCCAGAUCCAGAAGGAACUCAAAUCCUACUGGGAUUACGAACUGCUUCCAGCCGGAUCGCAUGACUCCGUUGAUCCAGUAGUAGGCCAUUACCGUCUACAGAAAAUCAGCUUACUUCGUGCUUUCUGUCUCAAGACCGGUGUCCAAAUUCUGCUCCGCGAGUACAAUUUCGAAGCGAAGAAUAAGCCCACCUUCGGCGAGAACGACAUCGUCAAUGUUUUCCCCGUGGUCAAACACAUCAACCCGAGGGCUUCCGAUGCGUACAACUUCUACACCACCGGUCAGAGCAAAAUCCAGCAGGGCUACUUCAAGGACGGUUAUGAUUUGAUCAGCGAAGCGUUGAAUCUGCUGAACAACGUCUACGGAGCGAUGCACCCGGAGAACGCCCAGUGUCUGCGAAUGCUGGCCCGGUUGAGCUACAUCAUGGGCGAUCCGCAGGAAGCUCUGGCCAUUCAGCAGCGCGCGGUGCUGAUGAGCGAGCGGGUCAACGGCAUUGACCAUCCGUACACGAUUGCUGAAUAUGCUCCACUUGCAUUGUACUGCUUCGCUAAUAGUCAAAUCAGCACUGCCUUGAAGCUGCUGUACCGUGCCCGGUACCUGGCCACAAUUGUGUGCGGCGAAAACCACCCGGACAUUGCCCUGUUGGAUAGCAACAUCAGCUUGAUUCUACAUGCUGUCGGUGAAUACGAGCUGUCUUUGCGCUUCCUCGAGCACGCCUUGGCCCUCAACAUCAAAUACUACGGCGAGAAGUCUCUGAAGGUAGCCGUUAGCUACCAUCUGGUGGCCCGGACGCAAAGCUGCAUGGGUGACUUCCGGUCGGCACUGAACAACGAAAAGGAAACCUACGCCAUCUACAAGCAACAGUUGGGUGAAACGCACGAGAAGACGCAGGAAUCGUCCGAGUGCUUGCGCCAUCUGACCCAGCAGGCGGUCGUGCUGCAAAAGAAGAUGAACGACAUUUACUCAAAUGGGAAGCUGACCAGCGGGCUGCCGCCGAUCCACAUUCAGCCGCCGUCGAUGGGUUCGGUGCUGGACAUGCUGAACGCCAUCAACGGUAUUAUCUUCGUACAAAUUAGUUCCAAGGAAAUCGCCAACUUGAAGAACGAAAUCGAAAAGCGCCAAAAGGAGGGCGGUGGCACCUCUGAGCAAGCAGCUGCCGCUCAGGCCAGCCAGGAGGAGGUCGAUCGCAUGCUAACCGAAACCAUGGCCAAGACCGCCGCCGGGAUUCCGUUUGAGGAUCACGACAAGCACGAGCUUCCCGUAGCCAGUUCCGAUGCCAGCAGUAGUAAGCAGAAGAAGGAAGACGACACCAGCAGUAGCGUGCCCGAACAGCAGGUAAGCUGAAGAAAGGGUCCAUCUGGCCGGCUUCGGCGCUAGAAGCACCACUGAUUGCUCGCAGGCACUUCUUACUACAAUAAUAUCGAUACAUUACACUACAAUAACUAGCAACUGAUGUGGAAGUCGGGGACUCCCAUGAGGAUUCGUUGCCCUUAGUUUUCGCGUUUGUUUAUUUAGAUGGCGCGCUCGGAUUUAGUAAGAGUGUCGCUUAGAAUAGAGACCAUCUAGGUUGUUUAACCUGAUAACGGUUGAUAAUAUUGUUUCAUUAAGAAUUAUGCAUCUACAUUCUUCUGUUUGUUUCAUUCUAUGGCUAUAAGAGCUGAGAAACGCACACUACAUUUCUUGAAUUCAAUUUACUUAUAAUUUUGCUAUCUUCGUUAGAAGGAAAUGUGCUUUAUUAGGUGAAUUCUUAUAAUACUAAUAUCAGCGACAAACCAAAUUGAGCGAAUCACAAACGGUCAUCAGAAACGUGCAAUAGCAGACUGUUCAAUGAAGGUCUCUAAAAGAAAAAUACAGCGUUAUUUGCAGUCAAACUAACCAUUAAUAUGCCAUCGAAUCUUCAAAUGUACGCUCUAGUCAGCGUAGCAAACAGAAAAACUGUAAUCAACAUGCUGAAUUCAUCCAAAUUUGUUUGUUCCAAAUAUUGCUCACGUCCGAUAAACCGUUUAGGCUUUAUUACAGUUGUAAUGACCAAAGUUUGGUCCUAAAACUGCUAUAAAACCUUUAUAAAACACCAGUGACGUAAUGUCUUAUCCCACUCGAACUGAAAUCGUAAACAACUAACUGUUUAUGACGCUGUCAAUUGGCGACCUUGCAGAGCGAAUAUCAUUCUAACUAUAAUCCCAUAGAACAACAAGCAUUACAACUUAGAACAACAAAAUAAAACUUGAAUAAGGACAUAGACCGCUGCAAUCAGCGCGUACCUAAGUAGGUAGUCCAGCGAUUUUGCACAAUAAAUGUAGACUCCAAUUAAUAAUCAACAGAAACAGACAACAAAAACACACACAACACAAGCAAACAACACUAUGUAGGCGCGCGUAGUUAGUCAGGUAGAACAAGUUGGAGAAACUCGUAGAUCAUGUAGACUUUCAAAUUUACCGGAUUGUAUCCGGGAAAUACAAAAAAAAAAAUAUGUAGAUGAAACUGAACAAAACACCGAAACGAAAGGAAAAACUGUGCAGGUAAAAAUGUCCAGGUUUAGAAUAUUUUGAUGCUUCUUUAAUAUCCAUUAGCAAUGGCAAGUCGUUAGUCGUAUCCGCACGAAAGUUCUGGACGGUUUAGUUGGAUUUUUGCGGUGUUGAAUAUUGAGCAAUAAAAGGAAGGAGUAGUAGUUUUCGGUUUCAUUAUUUUAA